AGCCUUCAGCGCAGGUGCGGUUUCUACAGUAUUUAUAACCCUUUAAAUUGUAUCUGUGUCGGACUGUGCAGCUGUAGCUGUGAGGGUUCAGUAUUACGGCUGAAGUCCUCUUGGUGACGCUCUGCUGACAUCACUCUGAUAUUCCCCGCUCAGCUUUCCGCAUCACACACGGAGCUCCACCGACUCGCGCACACACUUUGUUUCCAUUUCACUCCACUCGCCGUGGUCGAGACGCGCCGACACACACACACAAGCAGCCGCGGGCUACCUGUGCGCACUGCAGCCGGCCCACACGGGGAGGGGUUUGACUCUUCCUGUCAUUAAGAAAUCCAAAGGAAGAGAGAGAGAAACUAAACACGGUCCAGAUUGUAGAGAGGAGCAGACACACAGAGACAGGGGAAAGAGAAGCCACAACUUGGCUGAUUUCAACCUAGGCGGUCUGAACUGAACUCGAAGUUUCUUGGCGGAUCGGAGAAGGAAUAAUUUGGAGCCCGGUUGCCCCACACAGCGCUGUUGUGGAUAUCUACGUCCACCUUGUGUCCGGUUAAGAAGAAUGGCGAGAGAUUACGCAGCACGCUGGCCGGUGUCUCCGGUGAGAAGCACUUGGCUGGUGGCGGCAGCGAUCCUCCUCGCAGCCCAAGGUAUCAGGGCUCAGAAAGUGCGAGUCGAGGCGGAGCUGGAGGCGUAUCCCACAGAGUCUGUUGAUCUGCGCUGCGAAUUCAUCGAUAGAGGAGGCCCAACCAAACUCACACAGGUAUCUUGGAUAUGGGAACCUAUUGAUGGUCAAAGGGACAACAUUGCUGUAUACCACCCUACCUACGGACAGAGUUUCCCCAACUUGUCCUUCAGGGACCGAGUGGUCUUCCUCCACAACCGUCUGGAGAACCCAUCCAUUAGGAUCUCUAACCUAAGAAUGUCCGAUGCAGGCCGUUAUGUCUGCGAGUACGCCACCUAUCCUUCUGGAAACGAACAAGGGACAACCACCCUCAUCAUGCUUGCCAAGCCUAAUAACUCAGCCAAAGCUGUGACCGUCCAGGCUGGCUCCAAGUCGGUGGUGGUGGCCCAGUGCGAGGCAGCUGACGGCAAACCAGCAGCCACCAUCAAGUGGCUGGCGUCGGUUGGAGGGAACCACUCAACCAGCACCAUGAACGGAUCGGAUGGCACGGUGACAGUACGCAGCGAGUAUCGGCUGGUUCCCACGGCUGCAGAUAACGGCAGGGAGGUAACCUGCAUGGUCGACCAGAGGACACAGGAGCGGCCGUGGGCUUACCCUAUUAAGCUCUCUGUGGAGUACCCCCCUUCUGUAUCCAUAGAGGGCUACGACAACAACUGGUACGUUGGCCGCUCAGACGCCGUGCUCCUCUGCCUGGCCAACGCCAACCCUGCACCCACCACCGUCACCUGGACCGCGGCGUCCGGUGCUUUGCCAGACACGGUGGUGGUGGACGGCAACAAGCUGACAGUGAGGAAGGUGGAUGACGCUGUCAACACCACUUUCAUCUGCGAGGUCAAGAACAAGCAAGGGGCCAGCAGGCACCAGAUCACGACUAUCGUCAUCGAAGCCUUGGAGGAUCCGUCCAGUGCCGGCGUUGUGGCAGGCGCCGUGAUCGGCUCCCUUCUGGCCUUACUAUUGGUUGUUGCGCUCAUUGCCGUUCUCCUGACCCGAAGUCGCCGGCAGCAGAGACGUGGCUACCCCAGUAGUGGGGAGUCCAUAGCAACUGGCAGCGGUGGCAGCAAUGGAGACUAUGGCAACAAAGCCCGCCUGCUCUUCAGUGGGACUGGCAACAACAGUAGUAAGAACGGGACCGGUGCGAACAACAACGGGCCCAUCUACACAUAUCGCGAGGGCUGCGACGCCACAGGGACUCUAACUGAAAAGGCCAACGACUACCACCAUCAUCACCUCCACCAUGCCUCAAUCGGCAACCCCCCCUCCGCCCACGACAUUCUCCUUAGUAACGAGAUAGACGAAGCUGAAAGGAGGAAGUUCGACCUGGAUGACAGCAUGGAAGAAGAAGAGGAGCGAUACAAUAGGUUUGGAGGCGUCGGGGGAGGCGGGAACAUGCUACCCCCAGCCUAUCACGUCCGCAGAGGCCAUGGUGGUGAAGAAGAAAUGGACGUGUACCUUGACGACGACAUGGAGUCUCAGAGAGACGGCUCUGUCAUUUCCCGGACUGCCAUUUAUGUCUAAGGACGGAGGAGAGGAAAGGAAAGGUGAGGGCUGACAAUAGGGAAAAGAGAUGUGGUGAAGUAAGAGGGGAAUUCGAGCCAGCCCCCUUCGCCACCAAAUAAAUCAACAUUGCUUCCAUCAGCUGAACACACCUGCUUCAUUCAACCUGAUGAAAGAGAUGCCAUCAAUUAUGUCCCAUCUGCUUGACACUGACUAUGUCAUUUUAUAAAAGAGGAUUAAAAGAAAAAUAAUAAAAAGGAAACAAAGCCGAAAUUAAGUUGUUGUGAAGCUGAUGAAGAAAAACGCGAUGGCAGUAGUGCACUGUGGCUGAAUAUGUGACUGUGUUUAACGGUAUUAGGGAGACAGAUUUCAUUCGAUGUCAACCAAAUAUAACAAAAUGGAAAAAAAUACUGCAAAAAGCAAACAAAAACCACAGCAACUCUGAUGCGACGCUGCUUAUUGCUACGUUCUUGUUUCUUCAGCUUUGCAAAUGUGUGACUGUGUUGAGUGACUACAUCGUUUGUAUUUUAUAUCUUACCAGAAAACAUAAUCUGCAAAGCUGGAAGCACCAUAACCACUAUUCCAAAAUCAGCACUAUUCAAAAAUCGCCUUCCUGUUUCAAAAUAAAAUAAAUUGAAAAAAAUCUUCAAUUACAUGUUGAACUUUACAUAAAACUGUCCAAACGGCUUCUGUGGAUGUUGCCGUUGUGCUGCAGACGCCAGCUCUUCUGACAUGCCUGAGACUUCUCCCGAAUUGUUUUAAAACUUGCCUAACUCGAGUGUCUGUUCAUGACGACUUUUUGGGGGCUUACAAUGACUCAGGGUUUCCGCCCCACCCUGUGACACCACCUGGUUUCCUGAUGGGUGUCGCUGAAGCGAGGGCCACUAAACUGAGUAACAUAACAGACUUAACAGUGUGUGCUAAUGUGUGGCUGGCUGUGGUAUUAAUGAUGUGCAUCAUCUAUAUAUUGGGCGUCGUCUCACUAUAGCACAAUUGUUGUUAUUGUUGUUGUUGUAGAUGUUGCUGUUGCUGUUGUUGUUGUUGUUGUUGUUACUGUUGUGUAAUGGUGUUGAUCUCGCUAAGGAAAAGACACACCGGGAGCCUUGGGGGUUUCACACAGUACCACAUUGGGUUGGUAAUGACUCAUUUAAUGGGUAAAAAAAAAGAUGUGCUUUUCUUUGUUUCCAACUUUCCUCUUUAAGUCUCUUCUCACUUUCUCUGUAUUUCCUCUUUCUUUAUUUCCCUUUUCUCUACCUUCCUUUUUCUCCCGUUCUCUUUUCUUUCUGUUCCACAUGCAUCCUGCAUCAUUUGUAUGUUUUCCUGACAUUCUGUCCCACACACAUUACAUCUCUGUCUCAUUCUUCUCUUUCUUUAUUUACAUAAUGCGCAGCUUAGACAAGUGCCACAAUGACUGUGUGCAGGGAGAAGGGGAUGACUCGUAUUUAUAUUCCUAUCUGGGUCGCAUUCAAUGAGGCAAAAUAUUCACCGGCUUUGUUGGAGGCUGCUGUAUUUCAUGUAUUCAUUUUCCAUGUCCCGCAAAAUGUUCUUAGGCUAUGUACCGGAUUAUUCCAUGUUCAGUAUUCUGAUUGGACAGAAAGACAAGGUCUAAGACACAUUUCAAGAGAGGAUGUGAAAGGCAGGCUAAAUGAAAAACCCAAACUCCCAAACCUUGUUUCUUGCGCACUGCUAAUGGUGGCACUACAGUUUUUCUUAAAAUAAGUGUCACAUCUGCUGACAAGGUGGGUCUUUUAAUGAGAUUUCUCACUAAUUAAGAUGGUGUAUUUUUCAAGAAAGUUCACUGAACAUGCAAAACUGCAUUGGAAAUAGUUGCAAUGUAGAUAAUUUGGAGAAUCAAUACUUAAUUAAAUUACAGUUCUUUUUAGAAUGGAUAUUUUUUGCAACACAUUUGCUAAUGCAUAACAAGAGUUGAGAACUGAGACGCAGCUCUUAUGUUUCUGAAACACAUUUGCCUUAUUGAGUCCCAGGUCAUUCUUUCACAGCACCAAAUGGGUUGCCUGACAUUGACUCCACUCUAACCGAUCUCCAUGGGGGAGGGGGAUUUGAUUUUCUCUAACCAAUCACUAGACACCAACGUAUCCGCCUGGAUCUAACGUCAUUUUAAGUCGACACUGAUGCGUGGCCAUGCCAACAUAAAAGUUUUGCUGGGGUUUUAAGAGUGGAGCGAAGUAAAAACAAACUACGAUGUCGGGCGAUAUUGCGAAGACAUGCCGUCUCGAUAGUAGCUUCUGUCUUGUCUAUAGCGGUCGCCAUUGUUGUUAUUACUCCUCCUUGGUUCCGACACACAGCUUGACAACGCCGUUAGUCCCGCCCAUGGCGCUGUUUGCCUAAUCACUUUUUCAACCGAGAAACCGCUGUUUCAUGUCAUGAUGCCAGACCAGAAUCAGUCAACUCGGUGGAGUGGGCGGAUUCAACGGUCUGGACUCAGGCAAACCAAAUGGCCAAAUUUUUUAAUGAACUGUUGAAUUAUAUCACUUUUCUUAUGUCGGGAUGGUUGUUAGGUGACACAGGGAGGCUCUGGGGAGGGGAAAUCUCUGCAUCACAAACCUCCUUGGAGAUGUAUAGAGAGCAUGGUCAAAGUUAGAAAAAAGAGAUGGUGAGCAAGGCCACAGUUAAAGAGAAAUGAAAGAAGAACCAACAGGACUGGUGCUACAUGCUUCAGCAGCUGAACUGAGCACAUCCUCUGCUUUUCAAGCUCACUAUGUCACAUCACAACCACACACUUAUUGUAGACAUGUGAUGUUUGAUUGAGCAACUUUGGUAGCUGGUUAUUUUGCAGUACUGUGAGUAAAAUCAAAAAUAAAACAGUAUGGUAUAUAGUUACACUUUUGCAUAAUUUUAGUCAAUUCCACUAUAUUUGUGUUUUUGGGGUGCUGUUAAUGCUACACAAGUAAUAGUUAUGAGAAAGGAUCUGAAAAGGGAAUCUUUAAGGGAUGUGAUGAUCUUCAACACUGGAAAAGUCAGUACAUUUUGAGUGGGUAAACACUUCCUCAUGUCUCAUUACAAUGUAAGAAUAUAUUGUGAUAAUUAUUAAGAUGUUAUUACCCAAAAUGAAUUACUACUACUGUUCCGUGGGUUUAAGAUCUGAACACAGACUGUCCAUACAUUUGAAAGCUGAAAUAUUUCAAAUUUGAAAUUCAAAACCUCAGUUGAUCGAUUUUGUUGUCUUAAGGAAGUCAGUUUCAGCUCUAUUUCCCUCUGAGAGCAGAUCCCUUGUUGUUGAUUGUUGUUGAACAUUAUACACUGUGCAAUCUGUUAUUCUGUAAAUGAGAGUUAUAUCUGCUAUGUUACGAUACAUUUCAGUGGAGACAUUUCAUAACAUUUCACAGUGUGUUUGGACAGGUUGCCAAUUAGUCUCAAAGUAAUUGAGAAACAGCCAUACUGUAACUUCUGUUGCCACAGGUGUCACAUGUAGUAGGACUUGUUUAUUGUAUUACUGCAGUACAGUUUGGAUUAAAGUAUUGAAGUGUGUUUUCAACUCCGUAGGGUUCAUGCAUGCUCCAAGAUCCAGACGUUUAAACUCUGGGGAACAAAAAAGACCUGUUUUGUUUGAGUUUCAAAAUAUAUGGUGUAAUGUCUCUGGUUUAUAAUUUGAACCUAUAAUUUAAAGAUACUUAAUAAUUUAUGUUAUGUUGGAAACAAUUUCCUGCAUCGACCAAAUGGAAAAUAUCUUUUCUUACUAAGAGUUUAAAAUGUUAAUGAUUCUCAUCCUAAAAAUAAUAUCCCUGACUUUUCGGAGGCAAAAUCUCUCUCCAGCACAUUUACCCUCUAUUUGGUCAUUGUAUGCCUCAGCACAUCUUUUCUGCAGGGGUUUCUUGCAGCGCCAUAAUUUGAAACAGUCGACUGUGAUCACAACUUUGCCGCCUAAUUAGUCCCAGAGUCUUUUAGCGUGCAUGUACCCUUAGUGAGAAAACUCAUCAUCAGUCAUAACUUUUGUUUUUGCACAACCCAUUUUCAAUAAAAAAAAAACCUUUUUGAAACAA